AGGAGAUCAUUCAGGAUGCCAGAGCCAGUCAAAAAAGCAGUUUCAGCAUUUACCAAGAAACCAAAGACUCAGGAGGCAGAGGAGGGGUCCUCUGUGGUCUUUGAAGCCGAGACCGAGAAGCCUGAUGCUAAAGUAAAAUGGCAGUGCAACUCAAAGGACGUUGCCAGUGGUGACAAAUUUGCGAUCACAGCCGACGGAAACAAGCACUCCCUCACUAUAAGAGCCGUAACCAAGGAAGAUGCCAAUGUCUAUGCAGUGAUUGCUGGGGGGUCAAAGGUCAAGUUUGAGCUGAAGGUUGUAGCAAAGCCAGAAGCUCCAGUCGAGGCCCCCGCUGCUGCACCCGGGGAGUCCCGCAGUGUAGAACCAAAACCGGCCCCUGCUCCGCCUGCAGCAACACCCACAGGGGCAGACACAGCUGCCCCAGCGGCUGGUGCUGCUCAUCCAGCAGAGGAUGCACAGCCUCCAGAUACCAGACAGGACCUGACUGGACUCUUCACAGAGAAGCCGCAGAGCGGAGAAGUCACUGUGGGUGGAAACAUCACGUUUGUAGCUAAAGUGAAUGCUGAAUCAUUGCUGAAGAAACCCACCAUCAAAUGGUUCAAAGGGAAGUGGAUGGACCUCGCCAGCAAGUCUGGAAAACACCUGCAGCUAAAGGAGACGUAUGACCGCAACACUAAGGUCUACACGUUUGAGAUGCAAAUCAUUGCUGCCAAGGCUAACUUCGCUGGAGGUUACAGAUGUGAGGUUUCAUCCAGGGACAAGUUUGACAGCUGUAAUUUUGAAUUGGCUGUGCAUGAGGCCGCUACCUCUGAAGGUUUCGACAUAAGAGCAGCUUUUAGGCGCACGAGUGAAGGCGGUAAGAAGAGAAGUGGACCAUCAACAAGUAGUACAGAUGGAAAUGAAGACUCAGGCGAGCUGGACUUCAGCACUUUGUUAAAAAAGAGCAGCAGUUUCUUAAAAUCCUCAAAUCGCGCUGUGCAGGUGAGCACAGAGUCUGAUGUGGACGUGUGGGAGAUCCUCAGCCACGCUCCUGCUUCAGAAUAUGAGAAGAUCGCUUUCCAGUAUGGCAUCACCGACCUGAGAGGCAUGCUCAAGAGACUGAAGAAGAUGAAGAAAGAGGAGAAGAAGAGCGCAGCUUUCCUUAAAAAGUUGGAUCCUGCCUACCAGGUGACAAAGGGGCACAAAAUAAAACUGGCUGUUGAGGUUGCCAAUCCAGAUGUUGAGGUGAAAUGGCUGAAGAACGGGCAAGAAAUUCAAAAAACUGGAAGCAAGUACAUAUUUGAGAGUGUCGGCAACAUGCGCUACCUCACCAUCAACCACUGCUCCCUGGCAGAUGAUGCUGCAUAUUCCUGUGUGGUGGGGGAGGAGAAAUGCACCACUGAGCUCUUUGUUAAAGAGCCUCCUGUCCUGAUUGUGAAGAAUCUGGAGGAUCAGAUGGUCAUGAAGGGCGAGCGGGUGGAGUUGGAGUGUGAAGUCUCAGAAGAAGGAGCCAGUGUUAAAUGGGAGAAAGAUGGCGUGGAACUGACAAGAGACGAGUCUUUUAAGUACCGGUUCAAGAAAGACGGCUGCAAACACAUUCUGAUCAUUAACGAAGCCACGAAGGAAGACUGCGGCCACUACAAGGUUAAAACAAAUGGCGGCGAGUCGAUGGCUGAGCUCAUGGUGCAGGAGAAAGAACUGGAGGUCUACCAGAGCAUCGCGGACCUCACGGUGAAAGCGAAGGAUCAGGCUGUUUUCAAGUGUGAGGUGUCAGAUGAGAAUGUGAGGGGAACUUGGUACAAGAACGGUGUAGAGGUCAAGCCCGAUGCCAGAGUAAAUAUCACACAUAUCGGCAGGAUCCACAAACUGACCAUUGAUGAUGUCAAACCAGAGGAUGAGGGCGACUACACAUUUGUACCUGAUGGCUAUGCUUUCAACCUGUCUGCCAAACUCAAUUUCUUGGAGGUGAAGAUUGAUUAUGUGCCGCGCCAAGAUCCUCCUAAGAUCCACCUGGACUGCAUGAGUUGCACUGCUGAGUCAACCAUCGUGGUGGUGGCUGGCAACAAACUGCGUCUGGACGUCCCAAUCACUGGAGACCCUGCUCCUACUGUGGUCUGGACCAAAGGAGAGAAGGCUAGUUCUGUAAAACCUGAAGGAGAAGAGAAAGGAGGGCGGACAACCACUUGGACCAUGACGGGUGGGGAAGUCGUCACAGAGGGAGACGGCAGGGUCCACGUCGAAACCACCAAGGGCCACUGUAUCUUCACCAUCGAGGGGGCCGAGAGGCAGGACGAGGGAAUCUACUCUGUCGUGGUUCGAAACCCUGCUGGGGAAGACACUGCAGAUAUCAACGUGAAAGUUGUUGAUGUUCCAGAUCCUCCCCAGGCUCCCAGAAUCCUCAGCGUGGGAGAGGACUCCUGCGUUGUCCAGUGGGAUCCCCCUCUGUUUGAUGGCGGACAGCCAGUCAUCGGCUAUGUGCUGGAGAGAAAGAAGACAAAGAGCUACAGGUGGAUGAGGCUGAACUUUGACCCUUACCCUGAAACCACCUACGAAGCCAAGCGGAUGAUCGAAGGAGUGCCGUAUGAAAUGCGAGUCUAUGCCGUCAACAGCAUCGGCAUGUCUCGUCACAGUCCCGCCUCACAGCCAUUUGUGCCAGUCGCCCCUACAAGUGAGCCCAUUGGACUGUGCGUCGACGACAUCAGCGACACUUCCAUUUCGCUGAAGUGGCGGGCGCCUGAGAGGAUCGGCUCGGCUGAACUCGAGGGUUAUGUGGUUGAGUACUGCAAGGAAGGCACUGAUGAAUGGAUACCAGCCAUUCAGGGCCUGACUGAGAGGACAUCAUUGAUUAUCAGAGACCUCACCACCGGGGACAAGCUGCAGUUCCGUGUGCGAGCCUACAACAUGGCGGGACCCAGUGCUCCGGCCACUCUGGCUCAGCCUGUCACCAUCAGAGAGAUAAUGCAACGCCCCAAAAUCUGGCUCCCAAGAAAUCUCCGCCAGACUAUCGUCAAGAAAGUUGGAGACACUGUCAACCUUUUGAUUCCAUUCCAGGGUAAGCCCAGGCCAAUUGUUACAUGGAGCAAAGAUGGGGAGCCUCUGAACCCCACGUUCGCCAACGUGAGGAACAGCGACUUAGAUACAAUCCUCUUCAUCCGUAAGACAGAGAGAAAACACUCGGGGAAGUAUGAUCUUAAGGUGCAGAUUGAGAACGUGGAAGACACAGUGAGCAUCAAUCUGCAGAUUGUUGAUCUCCCAGGGCCCCCUCAGGCUCUGAAGAUCAUGGAUGUCUGGGGCUUCAAUGUGGCACUGGAGUGGAAGCCACCUAAGGACAACGGUAACUGUGAAAUCACCGGUUACACCAUUCAGAAAGCUGACAAGAAGACCAUGGAGUGGUAUACAGUCUAUGAACAAUACAGGCGAACCAACUGCGUCUCAUCUGACCUGAUCAUGGGGAAUGAGUACGUCUUCCGCGUCUUCGCCAUGAAUCUGGUGGGCCUCAGUCCAGAAGCCUGCAACACGAAAGACAGCGCUUACAUCCAGAAAACAGGCAUCAUGUACAAGCCGCCCACCUACAAAGAGCAUGACUUCUCAGAGGCUCCUAAGUUCACACAUCCUUUAGUGAAUCGCUCCAUCAUCGCAGGAUACAACGCGACCCUCAGCUGCUCAGUCAGAGGCAUACCAAAGCCCAAAGUGACCUGGUACAAGAACAAGAUGGACAUCACAAAUGAAGCCAAGUACCGGAUGCUCAGUAAGCAAGGCGUCCUGACGCUGGAGAUCCGUAAGCCCUGUCCAUUCGACGGGGGAGUGUAUACGUGCAAAGCGGUCAACGACAGCGGAGAAGACAUAGUGGAGUGUAAACUGGAGGUUCGCCCUCAAAUAGCUAAAGAAGAAAAGAAAGAUGUAAAGAAGUGAGAGUUUCCAGCUGCUGACUGAAAAGCAGAUCCAUGUGUCUCCAGCGACUCCUGCAUGUUGACUGUUUUGUGUCAUGAGAAACUCUUCACCUGCUUCACAAACUGUUUAACCCACAUCUUCCCUCAUCUGCAAUCGUCAUCCUCACUGUCAUGUUAGUAUGGUGUACCACUCAGUUGCGGACCUGAGCGGGGCUCAUGCUUAAAUUUGCUGUUCGUUAAAAGUGAUUCAUGGUUUGUCACGCUGUUUCUCAUUCAUUUCAAGGACUAGACUUACAUGGAUAAUAGUGUGUAGUUAAUAUGAAUAAUAGCAUUAUUUAUGAAACUAAUCUAUGAGUUGUCAUCUUACAGUGUUUUUAGUGAGUGGUUUGUGUGCAUAAAGAUUAUUUCAAAAACACAGAA